AACAGAUCAAAGACCACUUAUCCGACCAGCUCAUCGCUAAGAAGGGAUACCGAAGAGAGCUGAUGUGUGCAUGCGGCUUAAGAGCGAACCUCUUCACUGCUACACACACCGAUUAUCGUCUAAUUUAACGAUCUGUUGAAAGAGGCAAACGAACAGCCAGAGCAAGAGAAGCGCGAUGUGCAGAAACCAAAUAAAAACAAAAUAGAAUGUUUGUGCAAAAAAUUCAGUGAAACCGGCUUAAAGAAAACAAAGAACACGAAAAAGCUGAGAUCGGUAGCCAGAAGAGAUAUUGGCCAGGCAUUUCCGUUAAAACGGAACCUAUCAAUGUGAAGAAAAUUGUGCAAUUCAUCAGAAUCAGUUUGAGUGACGGUCGUGUAAAUAUGUAAACAGAGUUGUAGUAAUCGAAUGCUGAAACUCAGCAGUGCCAGAAACUCAAUCUCAGCGAUGGGAACUAAACUGUCUAUAUUCGAAAUAAAUAACUAAUCAAAUGUAAGAUCUAAACCCGACUUGCAAUCGGAUUUUGUCAGCAAUAGCCGCUGAUCCUUUCAUCUUAUCUAUCAGUGAUCGUGAAAAAUAUAACUAUUCGUGAACAGCUAAAACAGCGUCCCCAUUCAACAAGCAGUAUACGAAAGUGAUGUGAAAGUCUAACCGACCGCGCCAAGUGUUUGUGUUUCUGUGAGUCGAGCGACCAGUGUGUAUUUUCCAAACUAUUUCCAAACAUCGAAGAAAAAUCUAUCCAGAUUAAACGUUCCGACCGUCGGCAACAGCGGCGGCGGCGGCAGCAGCCAUCAACAAACAGUAAACCUGUGCCAACAACCAACCAGCAGCGGGGCUCAGCUUGCAGUCGAGGGGACGCAGCAAAAGGGGGCAAAAAAGGUUCAUUAGGCAACACCGACAACUCCGAAAAGUUUCUACGUUGCAAUGGGACAUCAUUAAUAUCCGAUGAGUAGUACAAACGGAAAAUGGUGAAGCAUAAGAAGUUCUUUUGCUUCCGACCUUCGAACAUUCUACCGACAUCGCUCCCCAGUUGGCCAGCGGUCCGUGGUGACAGCGGCUCAUUCAGAAAUAAUGCAGUAAGGCGAAAGACAAUCCAGUUGCUGUUGAUUUUGCUAAUAUACUUCAACGGAUUCACCAGUGGCAGCUGGUGGCGGGUGGCAGAUCUUUCCUUGGACGUUAAACAUUUCCAUCGAGAUAACCGGAGCUUUGAGAUUUGCAAUGAGAACACCUUUUUCACGCAACAUCAACGAGAGAUUUGCUACAAUAAUCCGGAACUGUUGAAGGUUAUCGUGAACGCAGCGAAUAUCGCCAAAUAUGAGUGUCAAAACUACUUUCAGAACAGCAGAUGGAACUGUUCAGUUAAACGUGGAUCAGAGAUAUUCUACGGAAAUUUCGACGACAAAGGAAACCGCGAAACCGCUUAUCUCAGUGCUAUAAACUCCGCUUCGCUGGCGUGGACCAUCACCAGGUACUGCACUAAGGGCGAGUUGACAAUGUGCACAUGUGACCACAUACAGCGUAAAAAGCACAGCAAGUGGACAUGGGGCGGAUGUUCAGAGGACGUCAAUUAUGGCAUCAAACAGGCGCGCCAGUUUGUCGACCCACAGGAAGAUAGUUCUUUGAGCUUUGGCUUGAUGAACUUGCACAACAACGAGGCUGCUCGAAGAACUUUGCGAGGUAAAAUGCAAAAAGUGUGCAAAUGCCACGGAAUGUCCGGCUCGUGCACGACGCGAGUUUGCUGGCGACGGUUACCGCCAAUGAAGGUGAUGGCUGAAACACUAGGCUCCAUGUUUGAUGCAGCCGCUCUAGUCAAACCGGUUGAAAAUAAAGGCAUCAUCAAAAAGCUAAAACGGAAGGAUUCGCAGUACAAAAAAGUAAAUAAAUCUGACCUGGUGUACAUCGCCGAUUCACCCGACUAUUGCGAAGAGAAUGAGAGCCUCGGCAUAUUCGGCACACGAGGACGCUUUUGCAAUCGGACAUCCUAUGGUAUAGAGGGCUGUCGACUGCUCUGUUGUGGCCGGGGUUACCAGACGAGGAUUCGCAACGUGGAGGAAAAGUGCAACUGCAAGUUCGUCUGGUGCUGCUCGGUCAAGUGUGACACGUGCAGUGUUCGUAAGGAUGAAUACAUCUGCAACUGAGAGCAUACGAUCUUGCACCGCUAUAUUCAAUGCUGACGCAGAGAAGCAAAAUUAAAAAAACGAUUGAUCAGUGUAAAUUAUUGCCAUUUGCGACUAGAGGAAAUAUUCUCACCAAAAUGCCAUUUUGCACAUUUUAAUCACGUCAUUUGUGUCGAAAUUUUGUAUAUUUUUGAAAAAUAUUUAAACAAUAAUGUAAGUCAAUCUAGAGAAUGUUCUCUCUCUAAGCUUAGCAUGUCACUGUAUUAUUUAGACGACUUAACGAACAAACAGAUCGAAUUUGCAUCCAUGACAUACGUGCUGAUUGCUUGUUGUAAUUCAUCAUUUUUUACGAAGAUAAACAAGAACAAACAACGAAAGUCUAAAUGUUUCCAGUAUUUUUAUAACCAUUUUACGGUAAGAACAUAUUUGCAUUCUGUGAUUUCUUUUUGUUUUUUGUAGUAUUGAUUUUAUUUAAUGAUUUAGCAGAAGUAUUAGUCGAUAAGCCUUUUGCGUAAGAAUAGAUGUUAAGACAGCCAAUUAUGCCAAUAGCCAAACGAAUAGAAGAUAAUAUUCUAUUUCCCUAAACAACAAAAAUCGUCGAAGGAAGAAAACAACCCACACAAAUCUCACUGAAAGUACUCUCUCGUAAAUUGAAUCCAAAGUAAUAUUUAGCCAUCCUGUAUAAAUCAAAUGAUCGUUGUGUAAAACAAACCAUUUAUAUAAGUAUUAAUUGAAAUCUGAAUAAAGGUAAGAAAUAAAGCUGACCGCCCUGUAAUCGUGCACCACCACAUCGUGGUUCGUUUCUUUGACACGAAUGCAAGUCACUGGUGACAAAUU